GUCCGUCGCGAAUGGUCGUGUUAGUAUAUUGUAAUAAAAUUUCUCGUUUUUUCUAAAUUAAAUACGUCGAUCGAAGGUCGGCGGGCUAACCUCCGCGCAGCACCAUCCAAGGACAGUGCUAUUCUUAGUGCACCAUCAUGGCUAGCAGUUCAUGGGAGGAGUUCUUUGCAGUGCACUUACCGCCCACCGAUUUCGAGGACAACCGCUCUCUGCUCAGAGAAUUCUGUGAACGACAUGACACUUACGGCAACAAGAUUGUCUUAGUCACAUCGGGGGGCACAACAGUGCCCCUAGAGCACAACACAGUCCGGUUCGUGGACAACUUUAGCGCAGGCACCCGAGGCUCGGCCUCCGCGGAGCAUUUCCUCGAACAAGGUUAUGCCGUCAUCUUCAUGCACCGUCAGAAGUCACUGGAGCCCUUUACGAGGCACUUCAAUGGGCAGAAGCUGCUGGAUAUGCUUGACAUACAGGAACGGGGACCUAAUACUUCAAUCACAGUAAAACCCGACAGCGUAGACGUGCUAGCACCUAUACUUCUCCGAUAUAAAGCUGCGCACGCGGCUGGCGCGAUUCUCUACGUGUCCUUUACAACAGUCUCCGAGUACUUGUGGCUUCUGCGAGCAGCGUGUGAGUGCUUGGCCAACCUCGGCGCGAGAGCGUGUCUAUACUUGGCCGCUGCAGUCUCGGACUUCUACAUUCCUAAGGACAGAGUGCCCACUCACAAAAUCCAGUCAGGCAGCGGAGCGCCUCCGGUAAUCCAACUACAACUUGUUCCAAAAAUGCUGGCACCUCUGUGCAAUCUCUGGGUGCCCGAAGCCUACGUGGUUUCCUUCAAGCUCGAGACCGACGAGGCUCUGCUCAUACCGAAAGCGAGGGGUGCGCUUGAAAAGUAUAAACAUAAGAUGGUGGUAGCGAACAGCCUUCAAACACGUCACCAUCGAGUGGUGCUAGUGACGCCAGACGAGAUCCAGGAGAUCGUCCUCACAAGAGAAGAUGUGCACGCAGGCGUGGAUAUCGAGUCGGGCAUCGUGUGCGAGAUAGUGCGUCGACAUUUGGAGCACAUGGCGCUGGCGGGCGAGACCGUGUCCCCCCCGCGCUCCCCCCGCGACGCGCGCUGAUUGUCGCGCGCCCGCCGCCGGCUCUACCUCACGCCGGAGUAGGCGGACGCCCACAACUAGGAACUAUACGACUGAGGGCUGGUGACGUGACGUUUUAUCUUUUCCAAGGGCGUUUUCAAUCACGCGGACUCGUUCCGGUCACAUAUAGCGUUACAUAGCACUGCCAGUGUCAAUAUAACACAAUAAAAAAAAAUCGAUGAAAUCCUUGGGUGCGGUAGAUAACAGAGAUGUACACGUGCCGAGCUAUAUCUGCGUGACUGG